AUGCUUGUACUGCUGCUCCUCGGCUUUUUGGACCUAGGGGUCCGGGGCCAGGCUAUCACCCUCACGCCGUCGACGAUCGACCACCGCACGAGGACCGUCACGGUCAUCAAGCCGUUGACCCAAGCCGCCGUCAGCACCACAACCCAGGUCGUCACCACGGCUAUAACAACCACAGUCACCACGGCCACGACGGCAACGGUCACCGAGACCACUACGAAGGCGGCUACUGCCACGGCCACAAUCACUGCCACGGUCACGGCCACGGCCACGACAACGAUCACGGCGCCCUGCUCCCCGGCCGGCUGUCCCACCGUCACGGCCACCGGCGCCGUCUGCAGGAGCUGCUUCGUCGCCCAGUGCACCACGACGUCGACCGUCACGAGGUCCUGCAGCUGCCCGGCCUCGCUUGCCACGACGACGGCCGACUUUGGGUGCGACCAGCCCGGCGUUUGCAACAGGAUCGGAUGCAGGACGGUGUUUGCCGUGGCGACGCCGGCCUGUUGA